AUGCAAGAGGAGGUCAAGAGUCGAAGGGAAGGGCUCUUCACGGCCACUGCUGUCAACGAAACAAAGUCGAAGCAGCUGAACAACUACUUUCUCGUUUUUACGAUGGCAUUAUACGCCCUCGACCUCUUCAGCUGGGACGACGCGAACCAGAAAGUCUCCUUCGUCGUCACCCUCCUCCUGGUUCCGGGCACCACAUACUGCGUUGCCGGGUACGCUAUCUCGUUUCUCCGCAAGCCCGGACGGCGCCAAAUGUGGAAGAGCGCAAAGGAACGGCCGAAGCGCUUUGUCGGCCAAAUGAGGCGAAGGAUGGGACGUAGUACAGACGAAUCAGACGAUGAAACGGACAGAAAGCCGCCCCAGUUGAUGUAUGAAAAGCUUGACGACUGGCCUGAACACGCCUUUUCGGUGACUCGCGGCUUUCAAUAA